AUGAAUCCAAAAAAGGACGCUAGUGAUAUCGUGGGCUUCACUAAACUGUCGUCUCAGAGCACUCCCCUUCAGAUAACGGAAUUCCUAAACGAUUUGUUCACUCUAUUCGACGCGACCUUAGAGUCAUAUGAUGUCUACAAAAUUGAGACCAUAGGAGACGCUUAUAUGGUGGUCUCGGGUCUUCCCAUUCGUAAUGAGGACAGACACGCCUCUGAGAUCGCGUCAAUGGCUCUCAAUCUUUUGGAUGAAAUCAAGAAUUUUAAGAUAAGACAUAUGCCUAACGAGAAGUUUAUGAUGAGAAUUGGCGUUCAUUCGGGACCCGUUUGUGCCGGGGUAGUCGGCAUCAAAAUGCCCCGCGAACCUCUCAAAAUUCAUUGUUCAGAGCAAUUCAAAGAGAUUUUGGACCGAUUGGGUGGUUAUCUACUGUUCGAGAGGGGUCUCACCCCUUUGAAGGGAAAGUGUGAACCCAUGAGAACCUAUUGGUUGGUCGGAGAGAGCGAACAACGAAAGACGCGGCGAAAUCAAACCCCUGAACUGAGAUCACGACAGCACUCCAAUGAACUGCUCAGAAGUGGAAGUCCCAGAAUCAGAGGAACUCCUUUAGACACGAAUGAAACAUCUUUUACUAAGCCUUUGAAUUUAAAUUCUGUGAAACACAACGAUGGAUACAAUGGAUGCCUCACCAGAAGGACUGCAUCUUUACCACCACUCGUGAAAAAGAUGUCAAGAGCUGAGAGUUUACCACAACUUAAAGAUAAAACAAGAAUUCCUUCAAAUCAUCACGAAAUGGCUUAA